UAGUCCAGACUGUUUCGGUUUACAGUCAGGCAGGAGUGUAUCUGCGCCUCUUUCAAGUCUGGCUGCCUUUCUUCGCCGCGUCAGGUGGUUUCUGUUCUAUGAGAUGGUAGCUUUGCUGUGGUUUGAUGUCAUCAUUUUUGUUACAGUAUUUUAUUGAGGAAGCGUACAGACGACAAAGCAGUGAAGCAAAGUUCUUCACGCAGCCUGCUAAAGAUUAGGUCGUUUCUUUACAAGGAAUUCCUUAUGCUGUCAUGACGCAGUCAGCUGGCUGGUGAUUUUUUUUUUCUUGUUUGUAAGCUGUAGCCACUACAUCAUAUAGUCGAAACUGCAGUUAACUUUGCAGUCGUAGCUGUUCGUGAUUUCCCAGCGCCACUCGUGUGUUCAUUGCUGUCGGUAAUGACUGACCAGUGAGCACCGAGGCGCUGACAUCUGAGGUCAGGCGGUCAGCUGACAUUUGUUUUCUGCUGUUAUUUCUUAAUUUGCUUGAUGCUUUGAAGCAGGACGCCGUGAAGCCUUAAGCAGCUAACUUUAGCCUCGUUUAAUCAGCUACUGUUCGUCACCCAUUUAACAUCGUCACUAACAACUGGGCUUCUCCUUCGUGUGUUGGUUUGCUGAAGCUACUUGGUGCUGUAUUAACCGUCUGUGAUACUCCGCCGGGCUUGGAACUGCCGAAUUGGUGACAUCAUAAAACCAGAUACUGAAUGAUGAUUUGCAUUGACCAUUAGGAUUUCUUUGUUUUCUGGAAACAUCUCUUCACAGCAGGUAUGGCAACAAAAUCAUCUUUAUUAAAAGUCAUCCUGUUGGGCGAUGGAGGAGUAGGCAAGAGCUCACUCAUGAACAGAUAUGUUACUAACAAAUUUGACACCCACCUGUUUCACACCAUUGGAGUGGAGUUCUUGAACAAAGAGCUGGAAGUAGAUGGACACAUUGUCACCAUGCAGAUUUGGGACACUGCUGGUCAGGAGAGGUUCCGAAGCCUCAGGACUCCUUUUUAUCGUGGCUCUGACUGCUGCCUUCUCACUUUCAGUGUGGAUGAUAACCAGAGUUUUCAAAAUCUCAACAACUGGAAAAAAGAGUUCAUCUAUUAUGCAGAUGUUAAGGAACCAGAAAACUUUCCUUUUGUGGUCCUAGGUAACAAAGUAGAUGUUGCUGAGAGGCAGGUAUCAAAAGAGGAGGCCCAGGCAUGGUGUAAAGAAAAUGGGAACCAUCCCUAUUUUGAAACAAGUGCAAAGGAUGCCAUUAAUGUGGCAGUAGCUUUUGAGGAGGCAGUCCGAAGAGUCUUGGCCACAGAGGACAGGACAGACCAUCUGAUUCCUACAGAUACUGUAAACCUGCACAAGAAACCCAAGCCAAGUUCUUCUUGCUGUUGAUUGUACCCAUAAAGUCAGUCAUGGCUUGGCCUGGAAAUUUGAAGUAAAAACAGAGCUUAACAUUAUACACACUGAAGAACUAAAAUUCUCCCGAUUGUUCUGGGUUUGUGGAUAUACCAUCGCAUAUGCCUGGAGAAUGUCAGAAAGCCCUGUGUUGCUAGUUAGCAGUCUGUACCACCAAUUACUGACAACUCUAUUAAUCAAACUACUGCUGUGAAUCUUGAGAGUGCUGGCAAAAAGAAUUCUAAUUUUAACGAAAGCAGUGUGAGGACAAACCUUGUAGUUACCAAACAGAACUAAACCUGAAAGAAAAAUUAGCACAAGUGCCAAACAGAACAAAUGUAAUACAUUUUAAAAGAGGCAGCACUUUCCAGUUUAGUCCCGUUAUGCAAUUUGAUUUUCAAAGAGAUGCACUUUUAUGUACCACAAGAAAAUAACCACUAUUUGCAGUUUUUGUAAUAGAUAUGUUAGAUUAAGAGCAAAUUGAUAACCUUACACUGACAGUUACAUUCUUUUGGUCUGUGAAUAAUUGUUCAUGCAAGUCUUGUAAAUGAACGAAAUGGUGAUCUCCUUUAAUUGAUUGUAUAAAACUCUAACAGAUAUCUAAACCAAUUAUUAAACAUGGUGCCUGAUUGAACGCUA